AUGGGCCAGAAGCGACGAAGGUUGGCCUUGUCCUGCGUUGACUGCAGACGGCGGAAAGUAAAAUGUGGGCGUGAACUGCCUUCCUGUGUACGUUGCAUCAAAGGUGGGCAUGGUGAUGCAUGCAAAUAUGUAUCCUACGACGACAAGUCGGGCGAUUUGCUGACGCCCACGGAUGAGAGUCCGGAAGAAAGGCGCGCUGCAUCCGAUGCAGAGGAAUCCUGGACUGAAGAAGCAGAAACCUACUACCGUCACAGCAAAGGCGGUGCUACAUCCAAGACAGCAUAUGCAGUGAAGCGCACUGCUCCGCAACGAAGUCUUGAAGAGCUCCAGGAGCGGGUGUUCGAGCUAGAGACAUAUGUUCGCUCGGCUGGCUCGAGACCAGUCUCCUCGGAGAUGUUCCUCGGCAUGGGACACCCGCAGGGCCCAGGAUCGCGGCCAAAGGAUACAAACCAGGAUUUCGAGCGGUCACUACUGCGUGGCAGAUCUUUCAAGACGCAGUACACAGGCCCUUCGAACGCGGCAAGCCUUCUUCUUCAGUUCGAAGAGCUGUCAAUGUUUGUCAAAGAGAUCUUGAACCGUAUGCCCUCGUUUGAAAGAUCAAAAGAUGCCGUGAAGAGGCUUCAAGGCAGCGACGCAGGAACUCCUGCCAAGAAGGAUCCAACAGAAUUGGACUUGCAGACGUUUGUUGCCAUGGUCCCACCAAAGCAGCGAGCCGAUGCCCUGGUUCAAGAAUAUUUUGACGUCCUCGAGACGACAUAUCGCGUCCUCCAUAUACCCAGCUUUCAGGCCAACUACGAAGCAUUCUGGACAAAUCCUCAAGCCGCAGACAUUGAGUUCGUGGCGCAAUUGCUCAUCGUCAUGGCAGCGAUGAACUGUGUGGUGGCUGGUGGUGUCAAGGGUUUCCUCGGGAGGAGUUCAGUCGGAAGGGAGGACUCACAUCGCUGGAUUGAGGCCGCAGAAGCGUGGCUGAACAAACAAAGCCACAAGCACACCACGCUGGAAUACUACCAGACAAAUGUUUUGCUGAUCAUCGCCAAGCGGAUGACAUGCUAUAAGGUCAAAAGAGAAUGGGUCAUUUCUCAGAACCUUUUGUCUUUGGCAAUGGCUGCUGGGUUUCAUCGCGAACCAACCUACUUGUCUACCAAGAUCUCUCCUUUCGACCAAGAGAUGCGUAGAAGGCUGUGGUUCUCUAUACUGGAGCUCGACAUCCAAUCGUGCUGUGACCGAGGGAUGCGAGCAGCCAUUGCGCCGGACGACUGGGACUGCCUGCCGCCGUUGAACAUACAUGACGAAGACUUCAACGAGACGACACAGACCAUGCCCAGUCCCAAACCACUGACCGAUUUUACCCGGACAUCAUUCCUGUGUAAACUGGUUCAGCACUUGCCAUUGCGUCUUGAAAUGCUGACCAGAAUCAACAGCAUCUCCCGGACCUUGGAAUUAGAUACGGUCAUGGCCUUUGAUAGUCGAAUUCGGGCAGAGCUGGACGGACUGCCAGUCUGGACGGAGAAAUCGGUAACUCGGGCACCGAAGGCGCUCAGCAGUCUGGUGCUUCACGAAUAUCUGCUUCUCCUACAUCAACCUUUCGCUACGCAGCAUCUGGCGCAGUCACAGUACUUCUACUCCCGCUGCACUCGACGGGAAUCAGCCCUGAGCGUUAUCAAAAGAUAUUGCGAAAUGCCAGAGACGCAUGCGCUGGCCUUCAGCAACUUACGUGAUGAUGCCUUCCGUGCCAGCCUAGCAACCUGCCACGAUAUUGCGGUUGCUAGUGGAGGUCGGGAGGAUCUCAUGCAAGAUAAGUCACUCGCUGUCGAUCUCAUCACCAAGUAUGUUGAUCUCCUCGGUCGCAGGGUCAAGAGUCUCGGCCAAGGCUUUCACUCAUACUGGAUCAACUCGAGUGCACUGAGCUUAGUGUACAUGAAAAUGGCACCGGAUCCGGCGAAUGCGGAUGAUUUUGUGCUGCAGGCAGUCAAUAGGAUGGUGCAGCUUCACAACGAUUUGAUGAGGAUGCAGACAACAGCCGUUGGGGCCAAGGCGCUGACACCGAUGUCGGAAGCCGUGGCUCAAUUAGAAGCACCUUUACCCAGCGCGCAGCCGUUGAUACAGCCUCUUCCAGACGGUAUGCCGACCUUCGAUACCCUCAGUGGAACCAUGUUCGACUUUGAUUUCGACGACUCUUUUGCCUGGUGGGACACGGGGGCUAUAGGGCUGGGAGCCUGA